CCCCCAUUGAAAAGUUUCCAUAUCAGAUUCUUGGCUAUGCUGAUGUGAAACAGUUUGUCCAGUAAGUAUCACACAAAGAUUCAGAUGUUGAGGUCCCUGAUCAGAUUCUCAGUUACCCUGAUUUUUAAACAAUUUGUCAGGUAAGCAUUGCAUAAAGAUUUAAAUAUUUGUGCACUAACAUUGGGGUCAGCUUUUGAAGAGAUUUCUUACGAGUAGAAGCAUUUUAUGGAUAAUUAACAUCUUUAAAGUGAAUCUUGCUUUGAUGACUGUAAACCAGUUUACACAAGCUCCACAUAAGAAUAGAUCUCCAGUUUAUUUAGCAGUGGCAAGUAAAAUAUUUCAGGAACAAAGCAUUGAGCUUUUUCUUUCAGCUCAUUACAAAAAUUAACAUAUUGUAUUGUAAUUCUUGUGAUGAAAAUUUAUCCAAAACUGAUUUUAUUAUUAAGAAGUUUAUAGUAAUGUGCUUUAUAAACAUGUUAAAUAUAAAGUGUGUUCCAAUAGGGGCCAUCAGGACCUGAUCAUCACUGAAAUCCUUGUUACCAAACUAAGUCUUGAUGAAAUCCACCCUGUCCUCAAUGCUAUCCACGUUGACGUCCAUGAGGCUCUGCUCUCAGCCCUCCCUCAGAUCUUGGUGAACAUUCUUCCACUGUUUGCAUCCAAACCACAGAAAGAUGCCCCUGCGUCACUCCAUAAGCAGUUCAGACAUGCAACAGCCUGUUACUCAACCCUUCAAGAAAUUCUCC